AGACUGUUGUGGUUGAGUAAAGUCAGAGCUGCGAUUCACUGACUGAUUCUGUCUCUGCUUCAUUUCCAGAAAUCAAACUAACAACAAACCUGGAGACAGCUGACAAGUACUACACACAGGUUUUGAGGUGUCGGUGUCACGUCUGCUCCGCUCAGGAUGGACAGGAAACAGUGUUGUGUGAAGCUGUCGGUGGAGCCGUCCAGAGGACUCGUGGAUGAGAAGUUCACCGUCCUGGUCCAGAAUGUCUCUCCUGGUUCUCAGCUCACGGUCCACGCUCUGCACCAGUGUGAAGACCAAUACACGUGGGAGGCGUUCGCUCACUACAUCGCCAACGCCAGCGGGACAGUGAACGUUUCAGAGGAUCUCAGUCUGGGUGGGACAUAUUCUGGAGUUGAACCGAUGGGUCUGCUGUGGAGCCUCGGACCGGUUCCAGGCAGCAAACCUGGACUCAGGAUGAGGAAGGUGAACGUCCAGACUCCCAUGGAGAUCAGGAUCUCGGUGUACCAGGGUCACCAAACUGAAGGCUUCACAGCUCAGGUGCCGCUGGCCGGUGUGUUGGUGGAGCGCUGGUACAUGGCGCCCGGCGUUCAGAGGGUCCCGAUCACAGAGGGCGGACUCACUGCGACCCUCUUCCUGCCCUCAGGACCUGGACCUUUCCCCGGCCUCCUGGACCUGUGGGGGGGUGGAGGGAAGUUGGUGGAGUACCGUGCAGCGCUGCUGGCCUCCCAUGGCUUUGCCUCCCUGGCCCUCGACUACCUGACACCUAAAAUCACCUUGGAAACAGGAAAGAUGGUGGACAACACGUACUUUGAGACGGCCUACAGAGUCCUGCAGCAGCAUCCUCAGGUCCUCGGCAGCAGGAUCGGCAUGUUGGGACUUUCCUUCGGCACCAGUAUUACACUCAAAAUGGCUGCUUACUCUGAAGUUGUAAAGCUGAGGUGUGCGAUCUGUGUUAGUGGGAGUCAUGUGCAGCCAGUCGAUGGAUCUGUGUCAGAAAUACUGAGUUACUUUCACACAAACGCAGAGAAGACUCGCUUCAACGAGGAGAACCAGGUGAUCUGGAGAGAUCUGCUGCUGCCCAUCCCCACCGACCCUGCACUCAAAGUGGACAUGGGACGAAUCCAGUGUCCUGUGAUGUUGGUCGUAGGGGAGGACGAUCACAACUGGCCGGCGAAGGAGUCUGCACAGGAUAUGAAGGAGAUGAUGGAGCGGGCGGGGAACAGCCACCUGCUGACCAUCCUGUCGUACCCGAACGCCGGUCACCUGAUCGAACCUCCGUACACGCCGCACUUCAGAGCCACCGUCUUCAAGACAGUCAACCAACGUCAGAAAGUGAUGGCUCUGUGGGGCGGAGACACGGUGCCACAUUCCCGCGCUCAGGAAGACUCCUGGAUGAAGACGCUGGCCUUCCUACGAGAGAAUCUGUACGGCAGCACAAACACUGCUGCAGCCUCAGUUUCACACCUGUAGCAUAACGAUGACUUAUGAGGUUUAUAAGUUGCUAAAUCUAUCUCAGGCUCCAGAAAAUACAAAUUUCAAUGAACUUGUUUUUACGUGACUCACAGUUUGAGCUC